AUUUCAUGAGCCUCUCCUCUAUGUUAUAAUCAACCUCAUGUCCAUUGUGUACUAAUAUCUCAAUAUGGGUCUAGGAAAGUCGAAAGUUGCCAGACUCUUACCUGAAGGAUUCCUAGAUUACACUACUUCAGAAUCAGGGAAUCCUUUCGUAGAAGGCUGGUAUGCAGACCCCGGGUCGGCGGCUUACGACGGACUAUUCUGGGUUUACGCGGUGCGGACAGGCACUGCCAAAGCACAAACAUGCGUUGAUGCAUUUUCAACUUCAGAUUUGAUACACUGGGAUAAACAUCCCAAUGUGCUCACAACCGCGAACUGGGUCAAAAAGGGUAUCCGAUCCCCGACUCCAAUCUCGCAGAAUGGAAAAUACUAUAUCUACUUCAGCACCAUAGAUACCCAGGGAGAUGAUACCGAUAUAGGGGGCGGCAUCGGAGUGGCAGUGGCAGAUACACCAGAAGGCCCCUAUGUCGACGCAAUUGGCAAGCCACUCAUUAGCGAGAAUCACAAUGGGGCUCGGCCGACUGACCCUGAUGUCUUGAUCGACGAUUCCGAUGGCCAGGCCUACAUCUACUAUGGUGGUCAGGAACAUGCCAAUGUAGCCAUCCUCAACAAAGACAUGAUAUCAGUAAAGUCUUCUAAGGACAACACUAAGUUCAAGGAGAUUACACCAAAGGGCUAUAUUGGGGGGUCGAGGAUUCUCAAGCGGAACGGUGUAUACUACUUUAUGUGGUCUGAACAUCAUCCCGAUAAUCCUGACUACUCCAUCUCGUACGCGAUGGGGGAUAGCCCUCUAGGCCCUUUCAAUCCAGUAGCGAAGAUUCUGGAGCCGGAUAGCGCCGUCACUAAGAGGGUUGGACGUAGUAGCAUGAUUCACGUCCCUAACACGGAUAUAUGGUAUGUACUCUACCAUCGUCAACCACUCAGCGAGACCGACAAAGAUCACUGUAUCAUUGCGUACGACCGCAUAUACUUCAACGAAGACAACACCAUCCAACCCGUACGUAUGCUUGUAAAAGAUAACUUUGCAGACGGUAGGAUGCUUGACUGGACUACGUAUGGUGGGCAGUGGUCCGUCGAAGAGCAGCGCCUUACUGUGCAGAACGCAGGCAGCGGAAUGGCAAUGCUAGACACGAAUUUCUCGGAUCUCAUAUUCGAUGCUACCAUUGCAACAGUCAGUGGAAAUGGUCACCCCGGGCUACUAUUCCGUGUGACAGAGCUCUCGGCCGAAACGCACAAGUAUAAGGGAUAUAAGGCGGCCAUUUCCCCAACUGGGGUGAUAACACUGGGCAAGGCGGAUCUCGGGGUUUUCACCGACUUGGCUCAGACAAAGAUGGAUAUGGUAACGGGAGAGGAAUAUCAUGUGAGAGUAAUGGCUAUAGGGAGUGAGAUUAAGGUGUAUGUGAAUGAUAUGGACAAGGCCAGGAUCACGUUUAGUGAUAAUUCGUUCACGACUGGAGCGAAUGGCGUCAGGAUCUUCAAUUCGGCUGCCAAAUUCGGGUUCGUGUCGGUUGCUGGGCCAUCAUAGUGUUAAGUGAUAAGUUAUACACGAAG